AUGAACAGAAGCAUGAACAUGUCACUGCGCCGACGGAUGCUUGGCGACGACGACUGUGGCACCGGCAACCCGGUGGACGACUGCUGGCGAAGCGACCCCAGCUGCGCGGACAACCGGCAGCGCCUCGCUGACUGCGCCAUCGGGUUCGGCCGUGACGCCACCGGCGGCAAGAACGGCAAGACGUACGUGGUGACAGACCCAAGCGACGAUGACCCGGCGGCCCCGGCGCCGGGCACCCUCCGCUACGGCCUCGUCCAGGAGGAGCCCCUGUGGAUCACCUUCGCGCGCGACAUGACCAUCAGGCCCAAGGAGGGGCUCGUGGUGUCUUCGUACAAGACUGUGGACGGCCGCGGCGCCGCCGUGGUCGUCGGGGACGGCGGCGCCUGCUUCGUGCUGCACAACGUGAACCACGUCAUUAUCCACGGGCUCGCCAUACGCGACUGCAAGCCUGCGCGGACGCCUCUGGCGUCAUCGUCGUCAUCUGCUAGUGGUGGCAUGUCGGACGGCGACGGCAUCACCGUCCUCAGUUCCACCGACGUGUGGGUGGACCACUGCACGCUUGAAGCCUGCACCGACGGCCUCAUCGAUGUCACAAAAGGCUCCACACGCGUGACCCUGUCCAACAACCUCCUGAGGAACCAUAACAAGGCAAUGCUUCUCGGGCACAGUGACGAUUUCCCUGAUGACAAGGACAUGAAGGUCACCGUUGCGUUUAACCGUUUCGGGCCAGGUCUUGUCCAAAGAAUGCCAAGGUGUCGGUUCGGGCUGUUUCAUGUCAUCAACAAUGACUACAUAAACUGGCAGCUAUAUGCCAUUGGUGGCAGCGCUUCGCCAACAAUUCUGAGCCAUGGCAAUCGAUUCCUCGCUGACAAGGAAAAAGAGGUGACAAAGCGCAAGGAAGCACCGGAGAGUGAGUGGAGUACCUGGACUUGGAUUUCUGAAGGUGAUAUGAUGCUCAACGGCGCAUUCUUCAGAUCAUCGGGCAGUGCCAGACCUGAUGUCGACACCCCUAGCUUCGCCAAAUCGGUCUCUUCAGUGUCGUCGAUGACUGCCUCGGCAGGGGUUCUGUCUGUUGGAAAUAUGUCCUAGUGGCAAUUGUAUUUCCUUGUAUUCAUGGUUAAUAAAGUGUACUUUGAA